AAACGAUGUGUAUGUGUCUCAUAGCGCAUUCAUUUCUCAAGAUUAACUAAUCUUGGGAAUAAUUAAUUACAUGCAAGUUCUAUUUUAGAGAGAAAGAGAAUUUGCAAAACAAAAAAAGCCUCGGUAUCUGUUUUGCAAAAUUAUGCAAGGAAAAGUAAAGAUGUAACAAAUUGAGGAGAAAAAAAUGACACUUUCCUAUGAAGAUUUGGAUUUAAACUAAAUACCAAUAAUUGAGAAAGCCUGCGGUCAAGCGAAACUGUAUAAAAUCCAGCUUCAAACAAUUUCUCCUCUCAGUUUUCAUUGAAUCGACAAAAGUGAACUCGAAACAUGGGAUUUUUGAAAUUUGGAUUGAUUUUCGUCCUUGGAAUUUGUAUGGUAAUGGGCGGAACGCAUUAUAUUGCAAUUCCCAUCGAUGGAAUCGACUUCAUUGAGUUGAAUCAAAUUUCUCCACCCUCUUCUAGACACCCACGUCAAACUGAAACUUACGUGCCACUGGCAGUUUCUAAUAUUCAUUCUGAAAUUAAUGAAAAUCCAGUUCAUGUACCUGAGAGAAGAUCAUCGGCGCAUAUUCUUGAUUAUGUUGAUUUUGGCGCACACACGGGAGCAAAUGGUGCGUACAGUUGGUUCGCUGAUUAUCCCUCGCAUCAUUAAAUCCAAUUAUUAAAAAAAAAAAAAUAAUAAGUAGAUGAUGAAGAAAAAAAUCAAACACUUACUGAAAAAAAUAUUCAUAGAGAAAUUUGCAUUCUUCUUUGGAAGGGAACGUUAAAUUUAAAUAAUCGCGUUGACUAGUAAUUUACACGCAAAUACUGUGCGAAGAGAAGCGAAAGGUUCGUAAAAUAUUAAUAUGACAGACUUUGUCUUUUUUUAUUUAUUUAUUAUAAUUAUAAGUAAUUAAUAUUCUGUUUAAGCAAAAAAUCCU